AUGGAAGAAGAAUAAUAAAUCUUGAAAUAUGGAGAUAAUAUUAUUCUUAGAUGUAUGGUAGAUAAUAAGAUCUAUUAUUUACUCGCUAGGAACGAAUAAUAUUUAAUGGAAACAAAGUUUUAAUUGGGCAAUUCUUGUACAUUUAAUAUGUAUAAUUUUCCUUAACAAAUGGUAUUCACAGUGUUUCCUAAACUUUUAUAUGAAGCUUAAAAAAAAUAUAAUUCAGACAAAUCUUUUGGAGCUUCUUUUGAUGUGUAGAAGUAACUUCUUUAUACAAGAAUGGAAACAGAAAAAAAAUAUAAUCAAAAUCUAUUGAAAUAAACUAAAGGAUAAAAAAUACUGUAUGGUGAUAUAAUAAUGUUAUACUAACCAUUGAGUUAGGUAUUUUUAUUAAGAGCAGAAAAUAAUAAUUCAAAUUCAAAUAUUGGAACAAUUUUGAGUUCAUCAAUGUAUUUUACAGUAUAACCUGAUCCUUUAGCAUUAGACAUAAAAUAAGGAUGUCCAGUACAUUCAUUUGAUCAAUUUCUAUUGGUAUAAAGUGAUACAAUCUUAAAAUUUGAUACAUUAUAACAAAUCUACAGUUUACCAGAGAUAUUAAAAUCCAACAAUCUUGAUCAUAAUAAUGAGUUUUUAACUAUUCCAGCAAUGAUUGAAAAUCAAUACUAAUUCAAAUUUUACAAAGCCUAAUACAAAUAAUUUACAACAGAUUCAAAAGAAAUUAUAAGUCAUAACACAUUAUAAGCUAUAGUUUUAAAAUAAGAAAAAGAGAAAAAUCAUCUAUUCUAUGGUUAAUAUGUAAGAAUAGUACAUAUGUAAUAAAAAAUAAAAAAAGAAAGAUCGGAAUCAAGAAGAAGAUCAAUAAAAGUAGAUGAGCAUUAAGAAAGUUAAAUAAAUAAAGGUUACCUAACAUCAUCAAUAAAUGCAGUAGGAUGUUAUCCUUCAGUUUAUUUAUAAAUUAAUGAUAUAUAGAAUUAAGAUUUAAUUGAAAAGGCUGCAUCUAUUUUCUAGAUUUUACCAGAAAAUGAUUAAAAAUAUUCUGAUGAAAUUUAAUUUACUGUAGGUAAUAAACCGAAUUUAGUUGGUUAUACAACUUUCUUACUUAGACAUAUGUUAACUGGAGAAUUUUUAAGAGUCAAUCCUUUAGAUAAUAAGUUAUAAUUAUCAAAAGAAAUAAUCAAUAAGUAUAGAAAAUUAAAUACUACAUCCUAAAAAAAAUUGGAUGCUACUAAACAAGUUGAACAAAAAUCAACUGUCACAAAAAAUUUACCAGGAAUAAAAUUAUAUAGAAAUCUAUUGAUGUAAUAAAAUAACAAUAAUUAAAAUAAUAUUCUAACCUAAUAGGAUGAACGUAUUGCAACUUAGUAUUAAUAGACAUAAGGAAAUUAAGAAGAAAGUGAAUAAGAUGCUUGUUUAUUAGAGCAUUAAUUAUUAUUUGUGACUAAAUUAGGCACUAAUCCUAUCUUUUAUAAAGAUUAGCUACCCUUUACAAAUGAUACUACCUUUAGUAUUGCAACAAAAGAUGGAAAAAGUCCUAUUGAAGUUGAUAAUUAAGAAGAGGCUGGUUAUUAAGUUAAAAUAAUAACAAAGUUAGCGAUGUUUAAUCAACAGGGCGAAGAAAAUGUAGAAUAAACUUCAUAUAGAUAAUAACAGAUAGAAUAAAUAUAAAGAUAAGUACAUGAUGAGUGGGUAACUAUGAUUCCAGAUUUAGAUUCUUUUAUAAAAAAGAAUAAAUAACAAUUAUCAUAAUAAGAAUAAGAAGUUCUUGAGUUUAUAGAAAAUGAAAUGAAAAGAUAAGCUAAAAUUAAAGUUGAUAUGCGACAUUAUAAAUCAAAUGAUGAUAAUGUUGUUUUUAAACCUAUUUUUAUUUAAUUAAAUCCUCUUAAUACUAAAUAUUAAGAUGUCAUUGCAAGUGAGUAAUUUUCAGGAUCAAAUUUUAAAUUUGAAGUUGUAGAUUAAAGUGAAAUUGAAGAAUUAAGUGAAAUCUUAGAUUUAAUGUUUCCUAUUAUUGUUUUAGCUAAAAAUUCUAUUUAAUUAUCAACUUUGAAAUUCAAAUUGAGCAAUUAUAAAUUUAAAGAUUCUAAAGAAUCUAAAAAUCUUGCAUAACAAUUUUAAAAAUGUCAAGCUUAAACUAUUUAAAAUGUAAAUCAUGCAGCAAAAUCACUCAUAAAAAUAAUGUUAUGGUUGACAGCUAAUUAAGACGGCUGGGUUUAAGAUAAUUUAAAUUCUGAUCCUGAAGAAAGAAGAUAAUGUAUUGCAAGAGAAAUUGGUUGCAUUGAUUAUGUAAAUAAAAUAAUUUAUGAGUUGAGUAUCAAUGAUUUAUUAUAUGAGAAUUAGGAUUUGAUUAUGUAAGAUGAAGAAAUGUUUUAAUAAAAUAUAAAUCAAUUAAUCCAUGCACUUUCAUCAUUUUUAUAAUUAGUAUGUAAGGGUUCUAAUGAGAAUUCUAUAUAUGUAGUAUAAUGGUAUUGGCUCUAUAAAUAUAUAUUAUUAAAAGGAUAAGUAAAUAAUUUAAUGAGAUUAGAUAUUUUAAUUACUUAAUCACUUAAAUAAUCUGAUGUAAUGGUUUCAUUUGAAUAAGAAGUUGUUCUCCUGUCUAAAGAAAUAAAAUUUACAAAUUAUAACAAUCAUGCUUUUAAUUUAUUAAUUGCUUUUUGUCUUUAAACUGAAUUUAGAAAAAAAGAAGGAAUUGAAGGAAUAAUUGAGCUUAUUUUUAAAGAAAAUAAAGAUUCUAUUUUCUCUUAACUGAUAUUUGAUGGUAAUAUUCAAGUUAUCCUAAGAGAGAGGGCUUUAGAUAUUUAAAAAACAAUAAGAUAAUCCAUAGAUUCUAAUUUACCUCUUUAAAGUCCAAUUAUGAUUGAUGGAUUGAACUUUCCAAAUAGAAAAUAAUUACAUGAUUAUAUUAUCUCUUGUGUAAGGUUAGCAUCAGAAAUUUCUAAAUCUUCUCCUGCUUUAACAUUAAAAUAAAUUAAAAGCUUAUUCCCUUUUUAUACAGUGACUUAAAUAAUACAAGAUCCUAGUAUUUCAUCUUUGAAUAAAUCAUAUUUUUUAGAAUUAUUCCAAAAUUCUUAUAUGGCUAAACAUCUAACACCUUUACCAAGAGCUUAAUUUCCAUAAUAUUUAAAAAUGGUAGUUAAAUAAAAUAAAGGAAAAGGAUUUUUAUAACUUUUUAAAAAGGAAUAAUAUGAAAUUAUUCUCUAUGCUUUUGCAUAAAAAAAGAUAUCAGAUAUUUAUUAAAAAGUAUCGAAAAAGUAUUUAGUAGAAAGUGAUACUACUAUAGACUUUUGGCUAUUUUUGUCAGAAUUCAUUACACAUUUUUGGAAAUCUAAAUCUAUUUAUGAAAUUAAAUCUAAUGAUCAUCUUUAUAUAAAAUAAUUGAUUUUAACAUUUACAGAAUUCUUAAAAAAAGGAUUAUUUAUUGAAUAUCUAAGUAAUGCUCAUAACUUUUACAAUAUGUAUCAUAAAUUCAUUGAAUUUCUAAAAAAUUCUGUUGUUUCAGCAACACUUGAAGAGAAAUAUAUAAAACAUUAACUUUAAGGAAAUUAAAAAUCCAAAGAAUAAAAACCUUUAGAAGUAAAGGAUUAUUUAUUUGAAAGUACAGUAACUUAAAGAGCAGUUUCUAGAACAACUUAUGCUAAAAGUAUGAUAUGGUUAGAUGAAUUAAUUGAAAUUCUUAUUUUAUUAGAAUAAUUUUAAUAAUCUAGAAUGGCAGACCAAUUUAUUGUAACAGAUGAUAACUAAACAUUAUUUGAUGAUUUAUAAUAUUUAUAAAAAUUUGCAAGAGAUAAAAAAUAUGCUGAAGUUGUUUAAAGAUUAAGAUAAGCUAAAAGAGCCAGUUAUCAUACAAGAGGAUAACCAUUCUAAAGUUAACUUGAUCAUAAAGAUAUGUUCACCACAUAGGAAUUGACUACAAUUUUAAGGGAGUGCUCUUAUGCUCGCAAAACAGUAAUCUUAGAAUAUAUGGGAGGAAUAAAAUAAACUGAUAUAUCAUUGGUUUAUUUUUUAAUUGAAUUACUUACUUUAAAUUAAAUAAGAUUAUCAGCUAAGGUUACAGAAUUAUUAUGGCUUAUCUAUUCUUCAAGAAGCAACUUUAUGUAAACAUUAAACUAAACAAUUUUAAUUGAAGCAUUAGAUUAAGGAGAAUUAUAGUUUUAAAUUAAUUAAAAUAUAUUUACAGAUUUUUCUAACAUAUAUUGGAAAUUACAUUUUGCAAUAAUCGAUUUAAAAUAAUCAUUAGAAAAAGAUUCUAGUAAACACUAUGAAACGAUUAAUGAUGCUUUAUCAGAUAUGUUAGUGAUAUUUUAUCCUGAUUAUGCAGCUAAAUCAGAUAUGUAAAUGUUUAUGGAAAUUAAUUAAUUAGAGAAUGAAGAAAAACAUUAUUAAGCAUAAGAAGAAAAAAUGGUUAAGAGUAAAGUUAGAUAAGAAAUGGCUGUUAUAGAAUAAUUUGUAUCAAGAGCAGAACUUGAUUUAAUUGAUGUUUCAGCAUAAAAUCCAAUUAGAGAUAAAUAAGAUGAAUAAUUCUAGUCUUUAAAAUCAGUUACUAUGGAUUAACAAUAAAAGUUUGUCUGGAAAAUAAAUAAUUCAUUAUCAAUAGAUGUUUUGACAAUAUUUUAUAGGUAAAAAUUAUUAAGGUAUUUGGGAUUUCAUGAUUUAAUAUAAAAAAUAAUUGAAAAUUUAAUAUAAGAAGCCAGCCCUUUAUUUAGAGAUAAAGAUGCUUUUGUAAGUAAUAAAAAUAAAAAAGGAUGGGAAAUUAAAAGUGACAUCUUAGAAAAAAGCAUAUUAUUCUUGAUCUAUUUUAUAAUAAGAAAUGAGGAAAAUUAAGAAAUGAUACUUAAUUUGAGUCAACAGAAGGAUUCUUUGGGUAAACAUAAGGAAUCCUUUUUACAUGAAAUGUGUAAUGUAAAAAGAAAACAAUUAUAAACAUUGAUAUAUAUUUUGUUUGCUGAGCUAUUUCGAGACAAUUACAAUAUUUUAUUUUCGCUUGAUAAAUAGAAUGAUGAAAAUUCAAUUCUAGCAAAAUUAUUUUCUAUUUUUGGUAUAAAUUUUGCUAAUAAAAAUUAUGAAGCAGCGAUCUAUUUUCUAUAAUUCUUACAAAUACUUUUAAAAGUUAAAGAAAGUGAUGUUGUAUAAAAUAAUUAUGUUAUUGUGUAAUUAUUUUAAACUACCAAAUAUUUAACAACAUUUGCUAAAGACAUUUAAAGUCUAAUUAAUACUAUUUAUCUUUUUAGAUUAGAAUCUUUUUUUACUGGUAAUCAUCCACCCAUUCCAUAAACACCAAAUAAUUAAUAAAAAUAUAUAUAAUUUAAUGGAAUUAUUGAAAUGCCAAUAGAAAUUCUCUUUAUGACAGAAUUACUUAGAUUACUUAGAAUCAUUUGCUCAAAAAGAUCUAUAAUUAUUAAUGAAUUCAUUCAAAAACUAUUUCCUAUCAAUAGAGUGGCGGAAAUGUUAAAUCAAUUAGAUGAAUGGUAUCCAUUGAAAUCAGAAAUUAUAUUAUACUUUUAAAGUGUAUUUUUAGAAAAUUUAUAAUUCUUAACUUUUGAAGAAAAAUAAAUAGUAGUUAAAACUAUGACUGAAGUAAUUUUUAAAUAAAUGACAGUUAGUUUUUUAGAGAAUCAGAAUCUAAAAAAAAUGGGAAAUGCAAAAUUAGUUAAUAGUAUUGUAUUCAAUAUUUUUGGAUUAAGAAAUUAAUAUACAAAUCAAGAAUAUAUUAUGUCAAUUUCUCUUGAGAAAGCUAGUUUUAUUUAUAUGAUUUUUGGAGUUUUGGAAGUAAAUAAGGUCUUUAUAAAAAAAGUUUUUCCAAAAUAUUUUGAUAGUAAUGAACAGGAGUAUUUUGAAGACGUCGUAUAAAAUGAAAUUAUUUCUAUAUAACUAAUAAUCUGUGAAACUAUUUAAACAGUAAAAGAAUUCAAUACAGGUAAUCCAAAUGGAGGUUCAAGUGGUAAAAUAAAAAAUUUGAGUCAUAAGAGGAGAAGUGGGUAAAAAACAACUAAAUUAUUGAACUUAACCCAUAAAUUAUUAUCUAAUAAUUAAGAUGAAUAGAAUUAAGAAUUAAGUUUUUUGGCUUAGGAAGAUGAUGAAAUUGAUAAGGAAAAUAUUAUUAGAAUAGUAGAGACCAUAAACUUCUUUAAACAAUCAGAUAUUGCAUUUUAGUUACUAAGAAAUGAUUUACAGUAAGGAGAAUAAAUAAUAUUGGAUAAAUGGAUAAAUUCAAUAAAAUCUUAGAGAACUAAAUUAAUUGAUGAACAUCUUGUUGCUUCAGAAAGAGAAAAUGAAAUUCAAUAAUUAGUAAAUUUAAUUAUUACUUUAAAACGUGAUGAUACUACUAAAUUUAAAAGAAUGGUAACUGCCCUAAUUUAAAUGUUAUCUGAAAAUUCCGUUUCUCCAUCAAUUAAAUUAAAAUCUAUUAAUAUAGUAAGGAAACUAUCUAAUUAUAAAGAAGAUUUUCAAAUCACAAAAUCUAUACUAAAAGAUUUAGGAGAACUUGGUUUCACAGAUUUUCUUUGCGACUUGAUUAAAUAAGAAGUGGAUUCUGAAUAAAAGCUUGAAUAUAUAAAGGCUUUUGUAGAUUAUAUUGAUGAUUCAUCUAGGGAAAUUUAGAACUCCUUUUUAUUGUAUUUAUAAAGAGAUCUUUCAAAUAAGUUUAUAAUAAAUUUAUAAAAUUUUAUAACAGAUAUGUUUUAAGAUGUAAAAAUGGCAGAGAUAUCAAAAAUUGAAAGAAAAAAUAGAAAUAUUAAUAAGAUUUUAAAUAAUAAGAUAAAUGGAUGUAUUUUGAUUUUUGAAAUGUUUCGUCUAGGUUGUGAGGAUCAUUUUAGUCAAAUGUAGAAUUUUUUGAGAAUCCAACCUAAUAGUAAAUAGCCAAUAAAUUUUAUAAUGUUUACAGCUGAAUUAUUUGAGAAAUAUGUUGAAAUAAUGAAUGAACAUAAUGCAGCUCUUGGCUAAAAAUUGCUUGAUUUUUUGAUUGAAUGUGUUUAAGGUCCUUGUUUAGAGAAUUAAACAGAAUUAUGCCAAUCUACUAAAAUUUUAGAGGUUCUUGAAUAAAUUAUUCUUUAACAUAGAGUUGAAAAAGAUAAAUUUUAAAGAAGAGAUAUAGUAUUUUCAAGUUUAAGAAGCAAAGUCUUUUUACUUUAAUUAUCAUUAAUGGAGGGAAAUAGUGAUUAAGAAAUAGCCAAAAAGAUUUCAUAAUAUUUUAACCCUUAAAUAAUUUUUGAAAGAAUAUAAUUAGUUUAUUGGAAAAUAAUAAAAAAGAUAAGAAAUACCUAGAUUUAAAUAAAUUUAGAAGUAAAAGUAUUAGAUAGAGUUAAAACUGAAGCAGAAGAAGCAAUAAAUUCACAUGGAGUAAUUUAGACAAAGGAUACAAAAGAGACUUUGCCUAAUUAAAAUUUAUUUAUGGAAUUUUUUUCUGAGAACAUUCAUAAUUCUAGAUCUUAAUAGCAUUUAAAAAUUCAAUAACAAACUUAAGUUAAUUCGAUAUAAGAAGAAGAGAUGGAAGAGAUGGUUGGAGAAACUUUUAUGAUGUAUUUAUUACUGAAGAAAUUAAGUAAUUAUAUUCCAUAGAUUAAAAAUUUUACAGAUAGUGAAAGUAAUCCUAAAUUAAGAAGAGCUCUGAACUAUUAUAAAAAUGAAACAGCUUCAAUUGAAAUAGUGAAUAUGAAUGGAAAAUUAGAAAAAAUAUAUUUUUAAGUUCCUACUCUAAUGAAAUAUUUAACAGAAGAGACAAAACAUUAAUUUAUGGAGGAAGUAGAAAGAGAUUCUAUUAAUGAUAAGAUUAAUGGAUUAUUGGAUAAUAUGGAUAAUUUUUAUAUGGAAAUGGUACAUUUUAUGAAACUGAGAAAGAUAGGAAUCAGAUUUAAUAAUAAUUUUAUAGUUUAUUUAAGAAAUGUAUGUAUAAUUUUAGCUCUAUUAUUGAAUAUCUUAAUUACAAUAAAUGAUACUGAAGAGUAAUUAGCAAAUCUAGCUAAAGCUAUAGCAAUAGUAAAUUGUAUUUUGUAUGGAGUGAUCAUGUUAACUUGGAUCUUUAUAAGAAUGUAAUUAGAAUAUGAUAGAAUAUAUAAAUAGGUAUCUGAUUUUAUAUAGUUAAAUUAUUUGAAAAAAUCUAAUCAAAGUUAAGCUUAGUCCAUUAAUCCUAAAACAUAUAUUUAUCCAUUCUAAAUUACUUUACUAUAGGCAAUUUUAAUAAUAAAAAGAAUGUUAUUCAGCAGUUAUACUUUUUAUUGGUUUUUAUUGCUUGUAAUAAAUUUGUUGGGUCUUUUAUAUAAUAAAUUAUUUUAUGGAUUUUUAUUAUUAGAUAUUAUAGAUCAUUCAUAAGUUUUAAGAAAUGUAAUUAAAAGUAUUUCACUGAAUUACAAGUAAUUAUUGAUGACAGCUUUAUUGGGAGUAUUAAUAAUGUAAAACAAAUAGUAAAAUAUCUAGGUAUUUAUAUUCUUUGGUAGCAUAUCAAAGUACUGAUUUUAAAGAAUAAUUAAAAGAAGGUGAUGGUUCAUCUGAAGUAUUCGAUCCUCUAGAUUAAACAGUUUGUUAUUCUGCUUUUUAAUGUCUUGUAUUUGUAAUUCAUUAAGGAUUGAGAGCAGGUGGAGGAAUUGGAGAUGUUUUAGAAGCUCCACCUACACAUUCAAAUUUAGAUUAUUAUUCAUAAAGAGUACUUUAUGAUGUGACAUUUUUUAUUCUGAUCAAUAUCAUUUGGUUGAAUAUUAUAUUUGGUAUUAUUAUUGAUACAUUUGCUGAAUUGAGAGAUUAGAAAAAUUAAAAAGGUAAUUAAAAUAUAUUAUUAUUAAAAGAUUUUGAUUCUUAAAAUAUAUGUUAUAUGUGUGGUUUAAGUAGAACUGUAUUUGAAAAAGAAGGUAUAUCAUUUGAUAAUCAUGUUCAAAAAUAUCAUAAUCCUUGGAAUUAUUUAGCUUAUUUAUUAUAUCUAAAAGUAAAGUAGAAAACUGAACAUACAGGCACAGAAUCAUAUGUCUAUAGCAAAUUCUUAUAAAAUGAUAUCAGUUGGUUACCAAUAUAAAAAGCAUUAGAUUUAGAAUUAAUUAUAGAACAAUAACCAAAAUAGAAUUUAGAUAUUAAUAUUGAAGAACAUAUUUAAAAAUUCCUUCAUUGA